AUGCGUAAGGUCAAAGGCCAGCAUCGCUUGGAUAAGUAUUAUCGUUUGGCCAAGGAGCGUGGCUUCCGUUCUAGAGCUUCUUACAAGCUUCUUCAGAUAGAUGAAAAGCACAAGCUCCUCGCUAGUUCCAAAGCCGUUCUCGAUCUCUGCGCUGCACCCGGUAGCUGGAUGCAAGUCGCAGUCCAGAAAGCUCCCGUGGGCAGUCUCGUCCUCGGUAUCGACCUCGCUAAGAUCGCACCCGUACGUGGCUGUGUGGCUAUCCAGCAGGAUAUCACGCGGACCGAUCAGUGCAGGUCGAAAAUCAAGCAAGUGAUGGAGAAACAUAAUGUGUCGGCUUUCGAUCUUGUUCUGCACGAUGGUUCACCAAACGUCGGUGGUGCGUGGGAUCAAGAGGCUAUGAGCCAGAACGCUUUGGUCAUUGACUCCUUGAAACUGGCCACAGCGUUCUUAGCUCCUAAUGGUAACUUCAUCACCAAGGUUUUCAGGUCUCGAGAUUACGAGUCUGUGCGGUAUUGUCUUGAGGCGGUAUUGUUUACUUCUUACUACUAUUUUUUAUUAUUUUUCUUUUUCUUGGUCUUACUGGUAGUUACAUGUUUGGUGCAGCUGUUUGAUGAAGUAAAAGUGUUUAAGCCGAUGGCGAGUCGUUCAGAAUCUGCAGAAACGUAUCUGUCGGGCUUGAGAUACAAAGCUCCUGCUAAGAUUCCAUCUCAUCUACUCGAUUACAGACAACUCUUUAAGUAUACAGCAGAGUCCAAGAGAAUGGUGGUGGAUGUGCUUAGAGGAUCAAAACAGAAGAGAAACCGCGAUGGAUAUGAAGAUGGAGAGUCAGUUUUGAGAAAAGUUGCAACUGCUGCUGAUUUCAUAUGGUCUGAGAAACCUAUUGAGAUUCUUGGCACUGUUACUUGUAUAUCCUUUGAUAAUCAAGCCUCUCUACCUUUAAAGGAACAUGUUUUGACUACAGAAGAGAUUAAAAUUCUAUGUGAAGAUGUUCCUGUUCUGGGAAAGAAUGAAUUCAAGCAUAUCCUCAAAUGGCGAAUGCAAAUCAGGAAAGCUCUGACUCCUGAAAAGAAACAAGGAACUAAAGAGGCUGAUGUCGCAAAAGAACAAGAAGAAGAUGAGGAGGAGGAGGAUGAUGAUAAGCUACUCAAUGAACUAGAAGAGCUGACAAACACAGUAGUUCGCAGGAAGAAGAAACGUGCAAAGAAGCUUCUUGCAAAACGGAUUGCUAAUGUUACUGAUCCACAGAUAGAUGCACUAGAAGAUGGCUAUGUAGACCAUGAACUGUUCUCUCUUUCUACUAUCAAGGGAAAGAAAGAUCUAAUAGCUGUUGAAAAUGAACAAGAUGAUAAUGACAACGCAUAUGAGAGUGACAAGGAAGAAGCUUCAGAUGGCUCCAAAGGCAGUGGCAUAGAUUCUGAUGAAGAACGUCAGAGAUACACUGAACAAAUGGAAGAGACUUUUGAUGAGGCAUAUGAACGGUAUAUGGUGAAGAAAGAAGGAAGCGCCAAGCAAAGGAAGCGGGCUAGGCAGGACCACGCUGAGAAGCUGGAGGGUGGUGAUGGAGAGGAAGAGAUGAGUUUUGAUUACGACUCGGACAAGGAUGAGCCAAACCCUCUUGUGGUAGCACUUGUUGGUGGAGAGGAAGCACAAACAAAGGAGGAAGUAUCCAACCAUUGGUUCAGUCAGAAUAUAUUUGUAGAAGCUGUUGAAGAAGGGGACCUUGGAACUGAGAAACAUAGCCAACCUCUGUCUAAAAAACCCCACCAGAAGUCUUUGAAGCAGAAGGAGGAAGACGAUUUGGAGAUUGUCUCUACCCCAGAGACUGAUUCAAACUCAUCCUCUGAUGAUGAAGUUAAUAUAAACAAGGCUGAGAUAUUGGCAUGUGCCAAGAGAAUGCAAAGGAAGAAGCAGAGAGAAGAGAUGCUUGAUGAUGCUUAUAACAAGUACAUGUUCGAUGACCAAUGCUUACCCAAUUGGUUUUUGGAUGAAGAGAAGAAGCACAGACGGGCGGUGAAACCCAUUACGAAAGAAGAAGUUAAUGCCAUGAAAGCUCAGUUCAGAGAGAUAAACGCUCGUCCAGCAAAGAAAGUGGCAGAGGCUAAGGCGCGGAAGAAGAGAGCCAUAGAGAAAAGAUUGGAGAAAGUGAGGAAGAAGGCAAACACAAUAUCUGAUACAACGGAUAUAUCAAACCGGUCUAAGGACAAGAUGAUAGACAAGUUAUACAAGAAAGCGGUAGAGACAAGGAAGCCUAAGAAAGAACUUGUUGUGUCUAAGAAAGGAGUUGGUGUCAAGAUUGGGAAAGAUCAGAAGAGAGUGGAUAGGAGGAUGAAGAGUGAUGCUAGGAAGCGUGGAGGAGGAAGGCCCGGUAGGAACGGGAAGAAGAGUGGCCAAGCCUGGUAG